AUGUCGGCCAAUGAUGGUAGAGAAGAGGAUUCUGCCACUCUGCAGGAUACGCCUGUGGCCGAUCUGUCCAUCGCAGAACCUUUAGGAGGUAACUCCUCUAGCCCUACAACAGAGGCUCAGUGCCUAACCUCCGAAUUAUUUGGUGAGGCCCAGACUCCUAUGGUUCCCUCUAUAUGGAACUCUGCGAUCCUAGACGCAAUUCAGAGGGAAUCUCGCAGCGGAUUGGUCGAAGACAUCAGGGCAUUGCUGUUGGCGAAAUACGAGGUUAAAAAGGACCUCCAGGACUUGACUCCUCCUAAACUCAAUAAAGAGUUUCUGGCAGCGCUCACCCCCUCAGUUAUCAAGCGAGACGAAUAUCAGGCUUUAAUGCAAUCUCAAGUAAGUGCCUGUCUCAACGCCUUCGGCUCAGGCAUUUCUCGCUUGCUCAACCCGACAGUCUUACAGACUCUAAACGAGGAAGCAAGAGCGGCCUUAUCUUCUCUUGCCGAGGGCAUCCACCUGCUCGCAGACCAUCAGCAUCGCCUCUCUCUUGCUAGGCGAGCCUUUACAAAACCUUCUCUGAAUAUCGUGGGCAAGAACGCGGCUGAGGCGGCCCCUAUCGAUGACUUUCUGUUUGGUCACGAUUUCUCUGAAACACUCAAGGCAGCUCAGACGUGUAGGAAAGAAAACACUUCAGCCGAUUCGUCAAGCAGUCCAACCUCGAACUCAGCCUCACCCAGCCAGGUCACGCCAGCCGGAAAACAAGAGACCUCCCGUCCGUUCUGCAGCGGCUCGUCGAACGGGAGCGGCCUAUCGCAACAGCCGCAAUUACCGCUCCCUCUCCAGAUUUCGGUCCAGAUACCAUCGUUAGACCAAUCAGGAAGAGCAGGCAGUCUAGUAAGUUUUCUUGACCAAUGGGCAGCUAUCACCUCGGAUCCUGUGGUACUGGAAACCAUACAAGGCUAUUCCAUUCCCUUCUCCUCUGAGCCUCUGCCGAAACCAGUCUGCCCAGAGCCGUCACUGAGCCAGUCCGACAGCGUAUUUCACCGUAGGUAUCUUCGUUUUCAGUGGCGUCAACAAGUAUUCGAAUUUACUGCGCUGCCUUUUGGCCUGUCUUCGGCCCCAUAUAUUUUCACAAAGGUCCUCAGGCCAGUUGCUGCAUAUCUACGUAGUAAAGGUUACCAAUCCGUCAUCUACUUAGAUGAUUUUCUCCUACUUGGAUCAUCGGCCAUUGAAUGCGGUGCAAAUGUCGCAGCAACGAUAAGUCUACUUCAAGCAUUGGGAUUCUAUAUUAAUUUUCCCAAGUCACACUUGAAACCUUCAACUUCCUGUUCUCUUAUUUCCGUUUGUCCGGCUGUUCAAUACGGCCUCUUAUAUACGAAAUCAUUGGAAAGGGAAAAAUUUUUGGCUCUAGCUAGGAAUAACGAGGAUUUCGCGGCUGUAAUGAAAAUUCCGCCGCAUCUUGAUUCCGACUUCGAAUGGUGGUUAGACAUCUUCUCGGAUCAGAAACAAUUUAAUAGGAUACGAGCAGCAUCAUUUAUUCGGGAAAUUUUUUCAGACGCUUCUUUGAACGGUUGGGGCGCAGCGUGGGGGCCAAAUCGUACCCACGGUUGGUGGUCGCUAGCUGAGCGUUCCCUUCAUAUAAACACCUUGGAACUUAAGGCAGCCUUCAAUGGUCUUCGCUGUUUUGCUGCAGACCUUCGAGACUCUGACAUCUUACUCCGGAUUGAUAAUUCCACAGCCGUAGCUUAUAUCAACAAAUAUGGGUCGGUAAGAUUCCCUCACCUCUCGGCCAUUGCGGCCGAGAUUUGGCAAUGGUGUGAGAGGCGCAAUAAUUUCGUUUUCGCCUCCUAUAUCCCAUCUCUGCAAAAUAACAUAGCAGACGCCGAGUCCAGGAUCGCAGACCCCGAUACGGAGUGGUCCCUCUCAGACAAGGCUUUUCGUAAGGUCUGGGAGGCAUUUGGUCCUUUUGACGUAGACCUGUUCGCAUCCCUUAACAACAACAAGUGUGAGGCGUAUGUCUCAUGGUUUCCAGACCCGGGAUCUAUUGCAAUAGACGCAUUUACCCUAUCUUGGGAUAAUCUGAAAUUUUAUGCCUUCCCGCCUUUUAUCCUAUUGCCUCGGAAACCAGCACCCGGCCUGGAGGACUCUUUCCCUGGCGGCCGCGAACUUAUCAGGGAAGCCUUCAGAUAUCGUCUAGUUCCCUCAGACGCCAUCCCAGCUUUAAUCGCGUCGCUGGCAGACGCCACGAUCAAGCAAUAUACUUACCCACUCAAGGCCUGGUGGAAAUUUUGCUGUCAUCGCCAAUGGCCCCUCUUUUUGCCUUCUGCAUCCCAAAUUUUGGAAUUUCUGGCUCAAGAGCUGCGCAAUGUAUCAUCUUACUCGUCUCUAAAUACUAUGAGGUCAGCAGUUUCUCUGAUCUCAAUCAAUGAGAUCGGAAACGAUCCUCUGGUGCGUCGCUUCUGCAGGGGAGUAGCGGCACUCAAACCUCCGCGCCCACGCUACGAUUUCAUAUGGGAUCCGGCUCCGGUGAUAGCGAAGCUCGCCUCCAUCUACGCAUAUGAGGAGGUCCCUCUCAAGCGAAUCACUACUAAAUUAGUGCUUCUGCUGGCUCUUGGAACUGGACAGCGGGCUCAAACCCUGGCGGCUAUUAGGCUAUCACAGAUUUCGCUAGGGGAAAAGAUUCUAAUUCGCUGUCCGGAUCGGACUAAAACCUCCGCCCCUGGGCGUUACCAGCCCUUCUUCAGUUUUUCACGUUUCUUAGAACAUGAGAACCUCUGUAUAGGACAGCUCAUAGAGCACUAUAUAGAAAGAAUCAAGACUCUACGCCCACCUUCCUGUGACUCCUUGUUCAUUUCUUUAUCCAAACCAUAUCGAGCGGUUACGGCUCAAACCCUCGGUCGAUGGAUAAAACAAGGUCUACAGGAAUUGGGAAUCAACACUGAAACCUACUCGGCACAUAGCACCAGGCAUGCUUCAACAUCUCAGGCAGCAAAGAAAGGAGUCUCCUCGGAUCUGAUUAAACGAGCGGCGGGCUGGACUGGAGAAUCCAGAACAUUCGCCAACUUCUACAAUAGGCCUAUCAUUAACCCCGAGGAAUUUAGUAAUGCAGUUCUUCUGACAUAA